AUGACUAUCACUUUGAAACUGUUUGAGCUGGUGGACGGCAAGACCCGCAAGAUCUCGUUCUCCCCUGCGGUGUGGAGGGCCAAGUUCGCACUCAACUACAAAAAGGUCACCUACGAGUCUGUUCAUGUCACCUUCCUCGAGAUCCCGACCGUCAUCACCGGAGCAUGCCCGAACGUGCCAGCUCCAACAGUGCCAACCCUCCAACUCGAGAACGGCCAAGGCUUACCAGACAGCUUCGCGAUCGCAGAAUACCUCGAAGAAAAGUACCCAGACCGACCCUCACUCUUUGGAGCCACCCAGUCGGAAAAGAAUCUCCAGCGAUUCUUUGAAUCCUAUGUCCAAUCCAAGGUCCACCCGUCAAUCCAACGCAUGGUCUUUCAGGACAUGUACCACAUGCAGGACGAGGAGAAUGCCCAUUACUUCCGGACGUCCCGCGAGAAGAGCUCUGGUCGACCUCAUGUCGAGAUUGCGGGAGAAAGGAAUGAGAACCUGAGGGAGCUGAAGGAGAAUUUGGGGUUGAUUCAUACGGCGCUCAAGCGAUCUGGUGGGUGGAUCCUGGGAUCUCAUCACGGCGUGGUGGCCCCUUCUGGAUGGGCGGACUUUGUGCUGGCGUCAAGCUUUGUCUGGUUCAGCUCGUGUUCUCCAAGGGACUUUAAGGAGGGCGUGUUAGAGGCCUUCCCGGAUCAGGUCAUUCCUGACUACUGGGCCAGAAUCCAGGAAUACGUCUACUAG